GUCCUCAUGUCCCCUUUGUAGUGCACUAGAUAGUGUUCGAGGACUCGGUUUGAGGUGUAACCGCUCACAGUGGGUCUGAUCUGUGUCUCUGCGUGGAUUUCUGGGCUUUUAAUCUCCUGUUUGUGUGAACAUGGACGGGCGCGGAUAUGGAUCCGGAUCCGGUUUCUCCAGCUGGGGCGGAGGAGGAUCUUCCAGCAGAGGAUCUGGUAACUACGACCUGUAUGGUUAUAAGGACUCCAUGUCUGGUGGAUAUGGUGGAGGACAGAUGAAGAGAGGUCUGUCUGGUUCUCUUCUCUCCUCCUCUGGGGGCAAUGCGGACGACGUGAUCGCUAAGAUCAACCAGAGGCUCAACAUGCUAACACAGUUAGAGGGAGGGAUGAAAGGAGGGGGACGAAAUGACCGGUUUGACCAGUAUGAGUCUUUCGACUCGCGCUCCUCUGCCCUUGGCCCCCGCGAUCUCUACAGAUCUGGUAACAUUGUAUUUGGUGACUCCCGGGGCGACAUGAUGGCCCAGCGAGGAGGCAUGGGCUUUGGGUCGAUGGGUGGAGCUGGAGGGGGUGGUGGAUUUGGCGGCUCUGCCUCCCUCGGAAACGCCAAAAUGAGGCAACCUCGAGAUGCUUUCUCAGGCUCCGGCUGGGGUGCGGGACAGAGGUCCCAGCACAGGGGCGGAGGGCCAGGCGGGCGCGGCUUUGGCCGCAGGCAGGAUUCCUCUAUGAUGGGUGGAGGUGGGCGGAGUGGGGGACAAGGCCACUCCCCCUCAGGGCGAGGCAAGCUGCCAUCGCUCCUGAGCCACCGCAUGUACCCCGAAAGUGGGGGGUUCCAACCUCAUCAUGGCUCCCAGGAUUAUCCUGUCCGGCACUUUGGAGGGGGCAAAUACCUCAACCGUCAACGCACCCGCAAGAGACCCCUCAACCGACAGCCGGUAAAACCUCAGCGUGACGGGCAGAAGAAGAGGAAGCAGACCCCGACUUCCGCCGAUGAGCCCGAGUCGAAAAUGGGCAAGACCGAGUCUGAAGGAGACGACCCGGCUGAGAAGGAAACAGCAGAAGAACCCACAGAAGAGAAGAGCGAGGACACCACUCCAGCCACACAGGAGUCUGAACUGGCGGCUGAAGGAGAAAGUGCUGGGUCAUCUGGUAAAGGAGAAAGCCCUCAGAAGCAGCAGGGGAAACAGACUCCGCCCUCUGCUUCUAAACUCAGAAAGAGGCGGGGCUUCUUUGAAAGCCGCGCCAUUUCCAGGGUGACGUUUGCCUGCUCCGUCUGCAAGUUCCGCUCGUUCUACAGCGAGGAUCUCACCGCCCAUCUGGAGAGCAAAUUCCACAAGGACCACUUCAGGUUCCUUUCCAGUCAACUUUCAAAACCGACCACAGAGUUCCUGCAGGAAUACAUCAACGAUAAACAUAAGAAGACUGAUCAGAGGAUCAGCCAGCUGGAGAACCACAGCGCCACCAUCUGCCAGGUGUUGAGGGAGCAGGACCUGACCAAAGACAUUGGGAUGGAGCACUUCAUGAAGAAGGUUGAGGCAGCGUACUGUUCAGCUUGUGAUCUCUAUAUUCCCAUGCAGUUCUUACUCAUCCAGAAGCACCUCAAAUCUCCUGAGCACAACUACAAUCGCAAGGGGAUGAUGGAGCAGUCCAAGAGGUCAAGUCUGUCUGUGGCGAGGAGCAUCCUCAACCACAAGGUCAUCGGCAAAAAGCUGGAGAGCUUCCUGAAGGGUGAAAAUCCUUUUACUGACAAUCCAGAUGACCAGGACCCCGAGGACUCCAUGAUGGAGGUAUCUGAGGCUGAUGCUGAGAUUAAACAGGAAGAAAAACCAGAAGAAAGACAGGAUGAAGCAGAGCAUGCAGAUGUAGUCGGGGAACCUGAGGUGAGCGGAAACACUGAUGGACCUGAAGAGGAAAUGAAGAUGGAGGAAGGUGAAGCAGGGGAGGAUGAAGCACAGGCAGGAUAUGAGGAGGAGGAGGAGGAGGAAGAGGAGGGAAUAGAAGUGAAAGAAGAAGAAGAAGAACCUGAAGGAGCUGAGAAACCUGAGGAGGUUGACGAUGCAGAAAACUUCCUGAAGGGGGCAGAAGAGGACUGUGGGAUACCCGUGAUUGAUGAUUAGCCACAAAGAAAUCUUUAGGGUCUUGAUGCUCCAUGGCUGAUCCAGGAUCAUCUCCUGUUCCACUGAUCUAAGAUCAGACCUGGCUGUUUUAAAUUUCUAUUUGUUAAAGUAGAUGCUGAUCCUGGAGCAGCUCAUGUUGAGGAACAUGUAUAGCCUAAUUGUUUGGAAGGAAAUCUGCAUAUUCGCAUUGCUGUUGCUCUUUGGACCAAUAAAAUCGAAGCGUUCUCCUCGUUAGCCAAUCAGAUUUGAGCUAUGUCUGUCAACUCGUACGCACUGUUCACGUUUGACACCGAUUCGUUUAUUUCGUUGUGAAUUCGUUUUGUCUUUUUGUUUAUUUCUUUUAUCUUUUUAUUUAGUUUGUGUUGUGAUGCUGAAACCUUCUGAACCUUUGUUUUUGCAUUCAGCUGAUAAUAAAUGUUGAAAAUCA